AUGGCUGAACAGCAAGCGUUAGCCAAGAGAAUGAGGUUCACCAGCGACUUCGUCACCAUCAAGGCCAUCUCAGGCGACAAGACCGAGACAUUCCAUGUGCAUGAAGAGAUCAUCAAGGAGCGCUCUGAGUACUUUCGCGCGGCAUUCGAUCGUAGAUGGAAGGAGGGCAAAGCACGAGAGAUUGAGAUGCAAGAAGAGCUUCCAGACACCAUCGCAAGCUACCUGGAGUACAUCUACGGCGGAUCAGUCUCGUCGACAUCAGAUCGAGACAAUGCGCACAGAGUUGAGGUCUCGGUGCGCCUGCUGCGUCUCUACGUCUUCGGAGAAAAGAUACAAGACGACGACUUCUGCGAUGCGGUCCUAAGCAUGCUGGCCACUCGAUGUGAUGAGAAGGACAGCGACGAAAGACGAUGGUAUCCUAUCAACGAAGCGGUCCACUUGCUGUACGCUGGCACACCCUCCGGCUCGCCUGCGCGAUCUUUCCUAGUGGACAUGCACCUACAGCACGGAAAUAUUCGCUGGUUGGAGGUCGACGUCAAAUAUCAUCAUCCGGAAUUCCUCCUCGAUCUUGCGCGGCAGUUCAUGCUCACCAAAGAUCACAUGCCGCAUCAGAGCGCUGCUUCGCAGCUUCAUAAGUGGUUGAAGAAGACGAAGAAGGGAACGGAACAAGGAUGA